AGAAGAUAAAAAUUUUAACAGCGACAGCUGACACUGACAGUUAAAACUAAAAAUUUUAAAGAAAAUUUUUAUAAUUUAUGAUUAUGAUUCUAGUGUCCCAUUUCAUAUAAAUAAUCAGUAAAUAUAGAUUUAUUUAAAGUUAUCGAAAUGGGCUUUCUAACAGUUUUAAAGAAGAUGAAACAAAAAGAGAAGGAAAUGAGAAUACUUCUAUUAGGUUUGGAUAAUGCAGGAAAAACCACAAUUUUAAAGAGAUUUAAUGGAGAACCUAUUAAUACAAUAUCUCCAACAUUAGGAUUUAACAUAAAGACCCUAGAACACAAAGGAUUUAAAUUAAAUGUGUGGGACGUUGGAGGACAAAAAUCUCUAAGAUCAUACUGGAGAAAUUAUUUUGAAUGUACAGAUGGUCUGAUAUGGGUAGUAGAUAGUGCUGAUAAGAGAAGAUUGGAAGACUGUAAGGCAGAAUUAAAUUUACUGUUGCAAGAGGAGAGGUUAUCUGGUGCAACUUUAUUAGUUUUUGCAAACAAACAGGACUUACCAGGAGCUUUAGAUUUGGAUGGGAUAAAAAAUAUUCUUGAAUUGGAUAAAAUAAAGACCCAUCACUGGAAAAUCAUAUCAUGCAGUGCAGUCACUGGUGAAAACUUGUUGACUGGUAUAGACUGGCUUAUAUCUGAUAUUGCUGCUAGAAUCUUUACAUUAGAGUAAUAUUUUUAUAAUAAUGUUUUUAUAUUCGCCUAUGUAACUAAAUUAAAAUCACGCUUUUAAUGCAAAAUAAUUUAUUUUUUAUACGAAACAUAGUUUAUUUACAAUUAUUUUCUUCAUCUUAAAUUAAAACUAAUGGGUAUCCAUAAAUUGUAAUUCAGAUAAUACUAAUAUGUUAUUAGGCAAUGGUUUUGGUUGAGGGGAUAAGAGCGUAAUUGUUUGCCUCUCAUUGUCGAUCAUACUCCUGUAAAAUAAAGAUAAUUUUAUUAAAC